UACGAGAGGGCCACCACCACCACAAAGAUUGUCUCCCAGUACACCACGUACUGCCCGGAGCCUACCAUCGUGACUGUCAACGAGAAGCAGUACACCGUCACAAAGGCCACCACCCUGACCAUCACCGACUGCCCCUGCACCAUUGUCGAGCCUUGCCCUACCGAGACGGCCAAGCCCUCUCCCCCUCACAGCGAGCCCGUCUACACCAAGAGCGAGCCUGUCUACACCAAGAGCGAGCCCGUCUACCCUCCCCACGGCGAGACCAAGGCUCCUAUUCCUCCUCACAGCGAGCCAG